GCUAAUCUCCUGUGUCGGUCCCCUCUAUCUUUUCUUAGUUCUCUCCCAACAAUGGCAGAACGACUUUGUACCUUUUUUUGCUUUGUUUGAAUUUCGACUCUUGCUAGAAAGUUUCAAAGGAUCUGGCUUUCCAUAAAAAGAAAAAGGGGUCUUUGACAAAAAAAAUAGAAUCUGGGUUUCGUGGGGUUACUCUUGAGGAAGAAGAAUAAGACGAUGAGGGUAGAGAAAAUGAAAGGCUUGGUUUUUGGUUUGGUGAUGGUUGUUUUCAUGCUACUCGGUUUUGUUUCUCCAAUGAACAACAACGAAGGAAAAGCGUUGAUGGCGAUAAAAGCCUCAUUCAGCAACGUGGCGAAUUUGCUUCUUGAUUGGGACGAUGUUCACAACAAUGACUUUUGUUCUUGGAGAGGUGUUUUCUGUGAUAACGUUAGCCUCACCGUUGUCUCUCUUAAUCUGUCAAAUCUGAAUCUUGGUGGGGAGAUAUCAUCAGCCCUUGGAGAUUUAAGGAAUCUGCAGUCAAUAGACUUGCAAGGAAAUAAAUUGGGUGGUCAAAUUCCAGAUGAGAUUGGAAACUGUGCUUCUCUUGCUUAUGUGGAUUUCUCCACUAAUUCAUUGUUUGGAGACAUACCGUUUUCAAUCUCUAAACUCAAACAGCUGGAGUUUCUGAACCUGAAGAAUAAUCAGCUCACUGGUCCAAUACCAGCAACCUUAACUCAGAUUCCAAACCUUAAGACCCUUGACCUUGCAAGAAACCAGCUAACUGGUGAGAUUCCAAGGUUACUCUACUGGAAUGAAGUUUUACAGUAUCUCGGUUUACGUGGGAAUAUGUUAACUGGGACAUUGUCUCCUGAUAUGUGUCAGCUUACGGGUCUGUGGUACUUUGAUAUGAGAGGCAACAACCUAACUGGAACUAUCCCUGAUGGCAUUGGAAACUGCACAAGUUUUGAAAUCCUGGAUGUAUCUUAUAAUCAGAUUACUGGAGUAAUACCCUACAAUAUCGGUUUCCUCCAAGUAGCUACUCUGUCACUUCAAGGAAAUAGGUUAACUGGUAGAAUUCCGGAAGUGAUUGGACUGAUGCAGGCUCUUGCUGUUUUGGAUUUGAGUGACAAUCAAUUAACUGGCCCUAUCCCACCAAUACUUGGGAAUCUCUCUUUCACUGGAAAACUGUAUCUCCAUGGCAACAAGCUCACCGGACAAAUUCCACCUGAGCUUGGCAAUAUGUCACGACUCAGCUAUUUGCAACUAAAUGAUAAUGAACUAGUGGGAAACAUCCCACCUGAGCUUGGGAAGCUGGAACAAUUGUUCGAACUGAAUCUCGCAAACAACCAUCUUGUUGGGCCGAUUCCAUCUAACAUUAGUUCCUGUGCUGCCUUGAAUCAAUUCAAUGUGCAUGGGAACUUCCUGACUGGAUCUAUACCACUUGAAUUCCGGAAUCUUGGAAGCUUGACUUCUCUGAAUCUUUCUUCAAACAGUUUCAAGGGCAAAAUACCUGCUGAGCUUGGCCAUAUUAUCAAUCUUGACACGUUGGAUCUAUCUGGCAACAAUUUCUCAGGGUCAAUACCAUUAACACUUGGUGAUCUUGAGCAUCUUCUCAUCUUAAACUUGAGCAGAAAUCAUCUCAAUGGGACAUUGCCUGCAGAGUUUGGGAACCUCCGAAGCAUUCAGAUCAUCGAUGUCUCAUUCAAUUUUCUUGCCGGUGUUAUUCCAACAGAACUUGGCCAGUUGCAGAACAUAAACUCUCUGAUACUGAACAACAACAAGAUUCAUGGGAAAAUCCCUGAUCAGCUAACUAACUGCUUCAGUCUUGCCAAUCUGAACAUCUCCUUCAAUAAUCUAUCUGGAAUCAUCCCACCUAUGAAGAACUUUUCACGUUUUGCCCCGGCCAGCUUCUUUGGAAAUCCAUUUCUCUGCGGGAACUGGAUUGGAUCAAUCUGUGGCCCAUCUUUGCCCAAGUCUCGAGUAUUCACCAGAGUUGCCGUGAUUUGUAUGGUUCUCGGUUUCAUCACUCUCAUAUGCAUGAUAUUCAUUGCGGUUUACAAGUCAAAGCAGCAGAAACCAGUCUUGAAAGGCUCUUCAAAACAACCAGAAGGGUCAACGAAGCUGGUGAUUCUUCACAUGGACAUGGCUAUUCACACGUUUGAUGAUAUCAUGAGAGUUACAGAAAACCUCAGCGAGAAAUACAUCAUUGGAUACGGUGCUUCUAGCACGGUUUACAAGUGCACCUCCAAAAGUUCCCGACCUAUUGCCAUUAAGCGAAUCUACAAUCAAUAUCCCAACAACUUCCGCGAGUUUGAGACAGAGCUCGAGACCAUUGGGAGCAUCAGACACAGAAACAUAGUAAGCUUGCACGGAUACGCCUUGUCUCCCUUUGGCAACCUCCUCUUCUACGACUACAUGGAAAAUGGCUCUCUUUGGGAUCUUCUCCAUGGGCCUGGGAAGAAAGUGAAGCUUGACUGGGAAACAAGACUCAAUAUAGCAGUUGGAGCGGCGCAAGGACUUGCAUAUCUUCACCAUGACUGCACUCCUAGGAUAAUCCAUCGGGACAUCAACUUCGGUAUUGUCCUUCUUGAACUUCUGACUGGGAAGAAGGCUGUGGAUAACGAGGCCAACUUGCAUCAAAUGAUACUGUCGAAAGCAGAUGAUAAUACAGUGAUGGAAGCUGUUGAUGCAGAGGUUUCAGUGACGUGCAUGGACUCAGGACACAUCAAGAAGACAUUUCAGCUAGCCCUCUUGUGCACCAAGCGAAACCCUUUGGAGAGGCCCACAAUGCAGGAGGUCUCUAGGGUUCUGCUCUCUCUUCUCCCAUCUCCACCUCCAAAAAAGUUACCUUCUCCUGAGAAACUGCAGGAAGGGGAAGAACGACGUGAGAGCCACUCUUCAGAUACAACAACCCCACAGUGGUUUGUUCAGUUCCGUGAAGAUAUCUCCAAAAGUAGCUUAUAAGAUACUAACUUUUAGGGUUCCCUCUAUGGCUCUAUUUACUCCUUUUCUGUUUUGUUUUCUUGUAUGACAAGAAAGAUCGGAGGGGCAGGUUUUUAAUGUGAUUUAGGGCUAGUAUGAGGGGUAUUUUGGGAAGGGAGGUAAAAUUGAAGGCAUUAAAGAUAAGAACAUGGG